AUGUUCCACCUAUCACCACAAUUGUUUUCUCUCUCAAACAAUAAAUUGACUAGAGAAAUCCCUCCAUUGAUUUGUGGUCUAAGGUCACUUGGUAUUCUUGAUUUGUCUGAUAAUAGUUUGAGUGGCUUGAUUCCACAAUGUUCGGGAAACUUGAGCAAUCUCUUCGUGCUGAAUUUAGGGAUCAAUGGCUUUUACGGCACCUUUAUUGCAACAUUUACAAAGGGCAAUUCGCUAAGGAAUCUUAACUUGAAUGGCAACCAAAUUGAAGGACAAGUUCCGCGAUCUUUGCUCAAUUGUAGACACUUGGAAGUUCUAAACCUUGGAAAAAACAAGACAAGUGAUACAUUUCCACACUGGUUGAAAACUCUUCCAGAAUUGCAAGUUCUUGUCUUGAGUUUUAAUAGGUUUCAUGGUCACAUAGGCACCUCCAAGACCAAAGGCAAACAUUCUUUUCCUAAGUUGAGAAAUAUCGACAUAUCUUGCAAUGAGUUCACUGGCCUUUUGCCAACAAAUUAUAUCAAACAAUUUGGAGCUAUGAUGAAUGUUGAUGAACAUGAAAUAAAAUUGAAAUACAUGGGCAACAAGUAUUAUCAAGAUUCUGUGGUGGUGGUGAUUAAAGGAUCUGAGAUUGAAUUAUCAAGAAUCUUAACAAUCUUGUCAAUCAUUGAUUUUUCAAGAAAUAAAUUCGAAUGA